UGGCGCGAUGAGCUCGAGCUCUUUGGGCCUUGGCAUUGGCAUGUGUCUCGUCGGGACCACCGUCUCCAACCUCGGACUCAACAUUCAAAAAUACUCGUUUCUGCACCAGGUGCGUCUCCCCGAGACGCAGCGGCGGCCGUACACCACGCAGUGGCGCUGGUGGCUCGGCUUCGCGUGCGUCGGGCUCGGGUCGAUCGCGGACUUUGCCGCACUGACGUUUGCGGCCCAGAGCGUGAUCACGCCGAUUGGUGCCUUUACGCUCGUGGCCAACCUCUGCUUUGCGCACUACUGGCUCAAGGAGCCGCUUUGCCGCACCGACGUCGCGGGAACGGGCCUCAUCGUGCUCGGCGCGACGACGGUGGCCAUUUUUGGGUCGCACGAGAGCCCCGAGUACUCGCUCGACGAGCUCAUUGCGCUCUACAUGCGCGGAAGCAUGGCCGUGUACGCGAUCGCGAUCCUCGGCCUCGUCGUCUUCUUCCACGUGGUGCUAAUGCGCAGCGAGCAAGUGCUGCGCAAGUGCGGAAAGGCGUCGCCCGAGUACCGCGCGCUCGAGAAGCUCCACCCGCUCUCGUACGCUGGCUUUGCAGGCAUUGUCGGCGCGCAGUCAGUCAUGUUUGCCAAAAGCUCGGGCGAGCUCAUCCAGCUCUCGCUCCAAGGCCGCAACCAGUUCAAUCGAGUCCUCACGUAUGUGAUCCUCGCGGGCUUGGUCCUAACGAUUAGCGUCCAAACGCACAUGCUCGCGCUGGGGCUCAAGCACUUUGAUGCGCUCUACAUGGUGCCCGUCUUCACCUGCUUCUUCAUUUCGUUCUCGGUCCUCGGUGGCGCCGUGUACUUUGACGAAUUCCAAGCCUUUACGCUCUACCAGUCUAUCUGCUUCCCGCUCGGCGUCGCCAUCACCGUCGGCGGCGUCAUUCUCCUCUCGCGGCGUGAGAUGCGGCUGAGCGAGACGACGCUCGAUGGCACGGCGUCGCCGGGCACCGAGAGCCAAGAUUUUGCCCUCACCACAACACCGACCUUCACGCGGCGCGUCGAUAUCUCGAUGUCCGACCAUGAGACCAACACGUCCAACCUCUUCAUCGGCAUUGGCAUCUGCUUGAUCGGGUCGACGAUCUCGAACCUCGGGCUCAACAUCCAAAAGUACUCGUUCAUCAUGCAGGCGCACCUGCCCGACCACGAGCGCAAGCCGUACAACACGCAGUGGCGGUGGUGGCUCGGUUUCUUUGGCGUCGGCGUCGGGUCCAUCGCGGACUUUGCCGCGCUCACGUUUGCCGCGCAGAGUAUCAUCAUGCCGGUCGGCGCCUUUACGCUCGUCUGCAACAUCAUGUUUGCGCAUUUUUGGCUCAAGGAAAAGCUCACGCGCAACGAUCUCUGGGGCACCGUGUGGAUCGUCAUUGGCGCCGUCAUGGUCACGAUCUUUGGCUCGCACGAGAGCACCAACUACACGCUGCACGAGCUCCUGCGCUUGUACUACCGCUGGGACAUGCUCAUCUACCUCGUCUUCAUCAUUGGCGUCGGCGCGCUCUCAACCGAGUACAAGACGGUGCUCAAGACGCACCCGCUCGCGUACGCCGGCCUCGCGGGUGUCUUUGGCGCGCAGUCGGUCAUGUUUGCGAAAUCGACGGGUGAGCUCAUCAAGCAGUCGGCGUCCGGUGACAACCAGUUCAACAAGGGUCUGACCUACGUCAUUCUCGUCUGCCUCGUCUUGACCAUCGCCAUGCAGACGCACUUGCUCUCGCUGGGCCUCAAGUACUUUGACGCGCUCUACAUCGUACCCGUCUUCCAGUGCUUCUUCAUCACGUUCUCGGUGCUCGGCGGCGCGAUUUACUUUCAAGAGUUCAAGGACUACUCGGUCACGCAGUACAUUUGCUUCCCGCUCGGUGUCUUCAUCACGAUCUACGGCGUGUGGGUUCUCUCGUCCCGCGAGAUGCAGCACGACGCGGGUGCGCCGCCCGUGCCACCGGCGCCGCCGUCGUCGGCCGAGAGCAUCUGCCAUGCCGAGCUCCAGCCUAACAUGCCUGGCUCCAACAUGAUGCGCCGCAACUCGAGCAGCCACCGCGUUGUGAUGGAGCCCGAAUUUUGCCCCGUGUCCAACCCUGCGCAGCUCCUCGAGCGCUCGUCGUCGAUCGGCGGGCCCUUUUACGCCACGCAGAGCGUACUGAUGUCGGGUCGGUCCAGCACGGACUUUCAGGCGGUCGGCGACGAGACAGAGAUGGUCGCGAUGCAGACGCGGCCACUCUCCGAAUCGGCGGCGGCGGGCUCGGUGCACCACGCUUAG